GUUCUACCAUGGCCGACCUUCAGAGGUUGAUAUCGAACUGCGGCAACGAGAUACGCAAGCUCGCGGACAUAGAAAAGCACCUUCAGGCCUUUAUGACUGACCUCAGAUCGAGCAUGACUCGCCUUGACACUUUCAUUCAGCGAGCAGACGACAAGCAGUGGUCUGACUUGGACAAGCUCAACGCGAAAAUCCAAGAAGAGUGCCAACACGCCGCCGUGCAGCUCUCUGCAGCGAUCGAAGUCUACCUUUCCAUGCAAGAUGACGUCACCGAAGAAGACGUUAGCGACAUGAUCACAGAGCUCAAUGCUCUGAAGACGCAACUCAACUCGUACCAACUCGACCAGCACGACUCGCUCAGAAUCCUGAUCGCCCACGCCACGCAAGUAGCGGACCAGCAAAGCCAGGCUGUUCAAGAGCGCAGCGUUGUCGUAUCGCAAGAGAUCGACACCGCGAACGCCGCCGUAUCCGCACUCCAGAAACAGUUGCACGAACUCCAAUCUCAGCAUUCGACCACUACACAACGCAUCAUCACCGAGAGCACGACCGGUGUGACAUCUUUCCUGUCCAGUUUUCGCUCAAAAUCCAAACCGAGGGACCCGGCUGCGGCCGCGCCGCUAGGUAGCCCGGACAAGAGCUACGGCCGCACGCAACAGGCGAUGGACGCUCAAGACAGGAUUUCGGGACACCUCACCGACAGCCGUGCGCUCGAGGAUCAAAUCCGAGCCGUGCAGGGACAACUCGCCGAAGCGCAACAACGCUACGACACGGCACAGAACGUCAUAAAAAUCAUGCAUCGCGCAGACUGGGAGUCUACGAGGAGCCGUAUGGGCGUGGUUAUCGACUACCUGAAGGAAGAGGACCAGCAGAUGAACGCCCUCCCCGAGCUUCGGAAGCAGUUGCUGAACGAGGUCAACGCCUACCUCGCCGCCUUCGAAGGCCUGAAGGCCUAUCCUGGUCCCGAGCGUCAGGAGGCGCUCAAGAAUAUGCAGCAGCGUGUGUCGGCGACAGCGCCUGCGUGGAAGCGUGUGGAGGGGCUUCUCACCGACGAAUAUGCUAAGGGGCGGAAGUAGGUUGAAAUAUAUAUCAUGUAUCGUUCGACGGCG